AUGUCGGGCGCAACUCAAGAUCCUCGACUGCUCUACAGCGUCAAUAAUAUUCGUGCUUUCCAUAUCCAAGAUGGCGAGGAGCAGGAGCUUACCCCAUCCGGUCCCCAGACUCUCUCGUUGCUAAUGGUCCCCACGAACACAGCUGGUGAUGGAGCUGGGGCCGAUUGGCGUGAAGAAUCACCCGAAGAGGAUUUCUAUCUCCACCUGUACCUCCCGCCUGAGCUGGAUCUCGCGAUACCGGCAACUACACAGAUCUUCCAUCAACCUCCCGACAGUUAUCUGAUUCCCCGCUGGGACAUGGGCCCCGAUGCUGGCGCCUUUAUCCGUAUUCAGUUUCCUAGUAUCGGUUCGGGCCCCACCAAUGUCUCCCAGGAUGACAUUGAUACGUUUGAAUCUAUCCUUGCGCAAUGCACUGCAUUCCACGAACACGUCUCGCCCCCAAAGGAUCAGGUCCAUACCGCUUAUAACCCGGCCGAAUACGCACCGGGUGAGGGAUACGUUGGAACCCCAGAUACAAAGAAGGCAGAUGGACACGGGCGAAUUGUGUUGGUAGACGAAGAAAACGGAAGUGUGGUUGGAGAGCUAGGAGAUGGUUACAAUGUAGUCGAAGACGCUGAUGUGAAGCCUGGUUCCAAGAGACCGGUAGGGAUUGAACUUCCCACAGAAGGCCAAGGCAACCAAGUCAGCGUCAGCAAUGUCUCUGAAGAAUACCUGGCGUUGUCCCGGCACCCGGCAUAUAAGGGCUCGACGCUCGUGCAAAGCUCAGCUACCGCAUCCCGUCUUAUUGUGACUGGAUCGACGUAUCUGGCAAAUGCUAUCGCAAGCGGCGCCGAAAGCUUCCAAAAGAGAACGCAACCUACUCCCAAGCCUCUCAAAUUCUCGGACGCUACCCACUCGCGCAUUCGAAAGGUUGGCACUCUCUCAAACAGCGCAGCAGAUUUUUCUGCUCGCACAGUUGGGCAGGUCGGAAGAGUCGCACAAAACUUAGGCGCAUCACUGGCGCGCAAACAAGAUUCCGACCGAAAGAAAGGCGUCGACAAGCGCAAUCCACCACCAGAUUAUAAGCCUGGUGUGCUGAACAAAUCAAUGAUCGCAUUCUCAACAUUAGCCGACGGCAUCGAGCAGGGAGCCCGGAACAUGCUAUUCUCGGGUGCCAGCGCUGCCACCUCCAUGAUCGACUACCGCUACGGUAAUGAGGCAGGCUCCGUCGCACAGAACCUGACGGGCGGCAUCAAGAAUGUCGGAUUGGUCUACAUAGAUGCUUCAGGUGUCAGUCGCCGCGCGCUUCUGAAAUCAGUUGCCAAGGGCAUGGUCGUCGGAAGAAUGCGCGACGGCCAACAGGUUGUAGUUGGUGGUGGUGACGGCGGCCAUGUUCCAGCUGGCGCUGUGGAGGGCGUUCCGGGCCCUUCUGAUUUGGGCGUCAGGGACCCCAAUGCGCGGCGCGCGUCGCCUAACCCCACACCGCCCCCUGCAUACGGCGCCUCUGGGACAACGUCCCUCGGCGGGACAUCGUUGUCAGGGGGUAAGCGGUAA